UCUGUUUCUCACUCUCUCCAUCUCUCUCUCUCUCUUUUUCUCUCUCUGUUUCUCACUCUCUCCAUCUCUAUCCCUUUCAUUAUUCUCUCCUAAUCUCUUCUUCGCUCUUUCCUCCCCAUAGUCUGAUGAAGAAGAGGAAAUGGAGUCUGCAGGGCAGAAUGUUAGUGCCCCUGGUGGCGGGGUGGAGAGCUUGCAGCCUCAGGGUUUGGGCCAUGCUGAGGAUGCUGCAGAGCAUGAAUUCAUGAAGGCAGUACUGAAGACCAGCCUUCAGGGCGGCGACAGAGAGACAUCAGGGGUGCCGGGGCUACGCACACGUACCAGGUCACGGCCAGGCCGAGGGGGUCGUGUACAACAGGCACCGAUACCCCCUGCGGCGAUGGGGGUGGAGUCUCAGAGGUCAGGUGACGAUGAGGCUGAUGAGAUCAUGGAUCGCAUCGUGAGGUCAGCCACUCAGGGCCCCAGUCAGAGGGCAGUGCCCCGGGAAAGGAGGAGGUCAAGAGCCAACCGCAAAUCACUGAGACGGACACUGAAGAGCGGUCUGACGCCAGAGGAGGCCCUACUCCUCGGACUCUCCGACGCCGCCGAGAUGCCGGUGUGACAUCACCGCCCCCCGCCACGGCGAUUUGGAGCGCCAUGGAAACACACCCUGGAACACCUCCGUGACCCCCCCCAUGUCACGCUUCUGCCUUCACUUCGACCCCGACCCCAGAACCCUCCGUCAGCCAAUCAGUAGCCUUGUUAGUAGCUUAUGUUGUACCGUUAGCGAAUCACACGUUAGCUUCUUGUGUCUGUGGUUGAUAAUCUUUGUUGAGGUGUAUCUUCAGAAGCCCCUCAAGGAAAGGGUCAGGGAAUGAAGGAGAGAAAAGGGAGAUAAUCUUUUGUUAGAAAUGUAUUUUGUGGAAAAAAGUCUCAACAUGAUGGAAGUUGGUUGAAUGAGAAUGAAUCUUAACGUUUGUCAUUUUCAACAUGCCUCUUCGAUUGGAGACUGAUUCAUCACGUCGAUAGGUUGAUUUUCAACAGGCCUCUCGAUUGGAGACGGAUUCAUCACGUCGAUAGGUUGAUUUUCAACAGGCCUCUCGAUUGGAGACUGAUUCAUCACGUCGAUAGGUUGAUUUUCAACAGGCCUCUUCGAUAGGAGACUGAUUCAUCACGUCGAUAGGUUGAUUUUCAACAGGCCUCUUCGAUUGGAGACGGAUUCAUCACGUCGAUAGGUUGAUUUUCAACAGGCCUCUUCGAUUGGAGACGGAUUCAUCACGUCGAUAGGUUGAUUUUCAACAGGCCCCUUCGA